CGCACUUUGCGUAACGAGGGGGGUUACCAAAGGCCUAGGGCUUGGCCUUGGGCAAGCCCAGGCUAUCCCAUGUAUGGGGGUGGGUGACCGGCGAGGCUGAGGAAGAAGAGAAAGGGAAUUGGGCGUUUGAAGGGAUUAUAAUUUCUUUAAAAAGAAGGGGUAGGGAGAGGCCAUGGCCGUCCCAGCCAAAAAGAGGAAGAUGAACUUCUCUGAGCGAGAGGUGGAGAUCAUCGUGGAGGAGCUGGAACUGAAGAAGCACCUGCUGGUGAACCACUUCAACGCCGGGGUCCCCUUGGCUGCCAAGAGCGCGGCCUGGCACAGCAUCCUGAGAAGGGUUAACGCUGUGGCCACCUGCCGCAGAGAGCUGCCAGAGGUCAAGAAGAAGUGGUCUGAUCUCAAGACCGAGGUCCGUCGCAAGGUUGCCCAGGUCCGGGCAGCCGUGGAGGGUGGUGAGGCCCCAGGGCCCACUGAGGAAGAUGGAGCUGGUGGGCCAGGGACAGGUGGUAGCAGUAGUGGCGGUGGCCCAGCUGUAGCCCCCGUACUGCUCACUCCCAUGCAACAGCGCAUCUGCAAUCUGCUGGGCGAGGCCACCAUCAUCAGCCUACCCAGUACCACAGAGAUCCACCCCGUGGCCCUCGGACCCCCGGCUACUGCAGCCACAGCCACGGUCACCCUGACACAGAUCCCCACAGAGACCACCUAUCACACGCUGGAAGAGGGCGUGGUGGAGUACUGCACAGCGGAGGCCCCCCCACCCCUGCCGGCGGAGGCACCUGUGGAGAUGAUCACCCAGCACGCUGACCCCUCCGUCAAGCCUCAGGCGCUCAAGAGCCGCAUAGCCCUCAACUCGGCCAAACUCAUCCAGGAGCAGCGGGUCACCAAUCUGCACGUGAAGGAGAUCGCGCAGCACCUGGAGCAGCAGAAUGACCUGCUGCAGAUGAUCCGCCGCUCGCAGGAGGUACAGGCCUGUGCCCAGGAGCGCCAGGCCCAGGCCAUGGAGGGCACGCAGGCGGCCCUGAGCGUCCUCAUCCAGGUCCUCCGGCCCAUGAUCAAAGAUUUCCGCCGCUACCUGCAGAGCAACACACCCAACCCUGCCCCCGCCUCUGACCCUGGGCAGAUGGCCCAGAAUGGGCAGCCAGACAGUAUUAUCCAGUGAGGGCUGGCACCGAGCCGGCCUUCUGCUGCGAUUGGAUGACACUGCCGUGGUCUUGUAGGAGUGUUCUGUGGCUGGCUGUUGGCUAGGGCCGGCCGCCUGGACAGGUCCCUCUUUAAUAGAC